AUGAUGAGGAUUUUGGAGGAUUUUGAGGAUCCCGGUUGCAUCCGGAGCUCCGAAGCGCGCGGCGGCGCCAGACCCGGUGUCCGGUGAGUGGGCGGGACUUCCUGCUGCGGAAACAUGGCGUCUACCAUGGAAGAUGAAACAGACCUGGGCAACGAUGAUUAUUAUUCCCUGUUGAAUGUGAGGAGAGAGGCUACACAGGAAGAGCUGAAGUACUCAUACAGGCGGUUGUGCAUGCUGUACCACCCCGAUAAGCACAGAGACCCUGAACUCAAGAGGCAGGCAGAGCAGCUGUUCAACGUUGUUCACCGGGCAUACGAAGUUCUUAGCGACCCGCAGACUCGAGCCGUGUAUGACAUUUUUGGGAAGAAAGGCCUGGAAGUGGAAGGAUGGGAGGUGGUGGAGAGGAAGAAGACCCCUGCAGAUAUCAGGGAGGAGUACGAGCAGCUGCAGAGGGAGAGAGAUGAGAGGAGGCUACAGCAGAGAACCAACCCUAAGGGAACCAUCAGCGUAGGAAUUGAUGCUACCGACCUGUUUGAUCGCUACGAAGAAGAUUUGGAGGAAAUGCCCGGAGGAGGAUUCCCUCAAAUUGAGAUCAACAGGAUGCACAUAUCGCAAUCAGUUGAAGCCCCCUUGACCACGACCGACACGGCCGUCCUGUCAGGCUCUCUGACUACGCACAACGGUCACGGCGGAGGGAAUAUUAACCUGUGUCUGAGACGAGUCACCUCGACACGUGGCUGGGGAGAGGUGGAGUUUGGGGCCGGAGACAACCGGGGACCGCUUUUCGGAAUGAAAGUCUUCCAGAAUGUCAGCGCACGAUGCUUCGUGACUGCUCAGUGUGGUAUGCAGUUCUCCUCUCGUGGCGUUAGGCCAAACGCAAGCACAAUGAUGGCACGUCAUUUGGACCGGAACACCAUGGGCUACCUGCAGUGGCGCUGGGGCAGCGAAUCAGCCAUGACAACCAGCAUCGUCCGAGACACCAAGACCAGCCACCUCACCCUGGCGCUCCAGCUCGGCAUGCCUCAUUCCUACCUCAUGAUGAGCUACCAGUACAAAUUUCAAGACGAAGACCAAACCAAAGUCAAGGGUUCUGUCAAAACCGGGUUUUUUGGGACGGUGGUGGAAUACGGUGCCGAGAGAAAGAUCAGCAGACACAGCGUUCUCUCUGCCACAGUCAGCAUCGGGGUACCUCAAGGAGUGUCUCUGAAAAUCAGGUUAAACCGAGCCAGCCAGACGUACCUGUUCCCCAUCCACCUGACGGAUCAGCUCUUACCCAGCGCUGUGUUUUACGCCACAGUGGGCCCUCUGGUUGUCUACUUAGUGGUCCAGAAGCUUAUAAUCACUCCUUAUGUACACGCACAAAAGGAACAGGAGCUGGAGAAGCACCGAGUGAACUCGGCGACAGACAUCGCCAAGAAGAGGCAAGAGGCUGAAUCUGCCGUGCUACUGAUGCAAGAGUCGGUGCGAAGAAUCGUCGAAGCCGAGGAGUCCAAAAUGGGUCUCAUCAUCUUGAACGCCUGGUACGGCAAGUUUGUGAUGGACACCAGGCAGAAGCAGGAGCGAGCGAAGGUCAUCGACGUGACGGUGCCUCUGCAAUGCCUGGUCAAAGAUUCCAAACUCAUCCUCACUGAGGCAUCGAAGGCGGGAUUGCCCGGCUUCUAUGACCCAUGCGUGGGGGAGGAGAAGAGCCUAAAACUGCUCUAUCAGUUUAGAGGAGUCAUGCACCAGGUGUUGUCCGGAGACACCGAAGCUCUUCGGAUACCUAGACAAUCACACAGGAUAGACGCCGAGACGUAGGACACAUGCAACCCAUGACGGACAUCAGCUGAAGGGAAAUCCAAAGAGCUGUCCGUGCUUAAACCCCACCCACUUUUCGUUAUCCUGUGUCCCCGUACCAUAUCCACCAUAAAGAAAGUUUAGAAAAGGGUCGAGUUUCCAGAUAAGUUUUGAGGCAACAUGAGUAAGAAAUCAGGGAGGAUGCGUUUCGUCAUGUUUGAGGGAUUCAGACACUGGCGAACUCGUUUAGAAAUGUGUGUACAGAAAUUCUUUACUAGAAAAGUACAUUUGUGUGUAGAUAGAACAUUAAACAUGUACUCUAGAGACCAUUUCACUGGACAAGACCACAUUUUUCUUCAUAUAUAUUAGUGAUGUGAAAAUUAUGAUGCAAUGUAUUUCAACAUGGUACAAAUAAUUCACUUUUAUUUCUUUACUUCAGACAGACAACAAAUCAUCAAUUUCAGAUGCAAAUAUGUUAAAACGGUGCAAAAUAAUAUAUAUAUAUACUGUAUAUCAAUCAAUGAUGGCAGCACUGACCUACAUUUACAACCUAAAUUUUAAUAUUUGUUCCAUGAAAUUGUAUUAAAUUAAUCUCUUCAUUUCGUAGCGUUUCUCUCGGCUACACUGCUCUCAGUACGUGUAUGUUCAAUUUUUUGUCCAAUCAGAUUUCAGUCUCUGUGCUGCCAUGUCAAUCGAAUCUGCCCAGAGCCUUCAUAGUCAGUACUGCUGGCCUUUUUAACGAUAGUCUCCUUAAGAAAUAUCUGUUUCUUUAACCAAUCAGAUUUCAGAUUCGCCUCACAGGGCAGCUCGCUGGCCGAGAAUAGCGUCAGCAUUUUUCCGUCUUCUGAUUGUUUGGUCAGUUUGGUCAGAGUUACAGCCAAGUUCGACUGGCAAAACAGUUGUGUAGCUCUGCACACAUUAAUACAUCAGAGUUAGACUUUUCUAUGCCUAUGGAGGAAAAGAAAUUGAUUUGGUCUCAGACACACUUAAAAAUACAUUUUGAAGAAAAGCUAGACAUUGUGAGAAAGUCGGCCAACCCCGAAGCUAGCUAGCGUGUCUCAGCCCUGGAAAGGGUUUGUUCACCACUUCCAGACCAGUAAAUACUGGCUGUGAAUAAUUACUAUGCAUCUCUGGUGGGUAGGUUGGAUUUUAUUAAAAUGUGUAAGUUUUUGUUUUGUUAUUAGACAAAUAUUGAUUCUAAACUGCUCCAGAUGUUGUAGGUGCACAGUUGUGGUUGUAGUGUAGAGGUUUGGAGUCUUAACUGGGUUUCUUGCUUUAGUAAAAUGGUUUUCACCCUUAAUAUGUGAAAUCUCUCUCUCUCUCUCUCUCUCUCUCUGUAAUGCCAUGAGUUGUUACACUGCGUUUUUGUUUAGUAUUGAUGGUUUCUAUAAUCACGACGUGAUCAUGGUGGUAUUAAGAGGUUGAUUAAUUCGGGUACGUCCUCCCUGAAGGCCCAGGUACCAAAUGCACUGACGUUUUUUAACAUACGAAACAUGACAUUGACCAAUAGCACCUGCUUGAGUAUAAUUCGUUAAUCAUACACCCAAGUCUGAUUCCACAAAGAUCCCUGACUGUACAAAUAAUCAAAGUGUGAAAAAGUAAGAAUUAAAAGCCAAACUGAGGUCACACCAAAUACUGAUUUGGAUUUUUCUUCUGUUUACUUUUUAUUUUGCUAUUUGAGAAAUAUAAAUUAACACUUGUUCUUAAAAGCAUUCUUACUUCACACCUUUAUCUUUCCACACCUGCCUAAAACCCUUUACAGUACGCUAUCCUAAGAGAAAGAAAGUCAUAUACUAUAAUAGAACAUGAAGAAUACAUCGUUAUCAAAACCACACGGUCGUGACCUGGCGGUCAAACGGUUGCUACCAGGCUGCAAGAGCAUUCUGGGGAAAAUGUCUGUAGACAUGCCAGUGUUAAAUAUUGUGUUUUUUUCCAUGUCAAUGUCAAUCAAAGGCAUCUUAAAGACGCAUAUUCAUAUAUGUGUCAGAAUACCCGGUAUAAUGUAAUAAAAUGUAAACAACCGAUUUGGGCAGUAAAUAUAUUAAACUGCACAAUUGGAUGUUUUAUUUAUUUUA